AACCACACCACUGACCGCAUAUCAUCACUUCUCUCUCUCUCUCUCUUCUGAAGCGCAGCCACAUCUCCCAAAGUAAGAACAGCAACGGAGGGACAGAACAAGAUUUCCAAGCAAGACCCCAAAAGAAGAUGCCCCUCCAGAUUCUCAGCAACGACGACAUCAACAAAAUCCUCCACUCUUUCACCAAAGACGAUAUCCUCGCACUGCAAGAAACUCUCGCCGACGCCUUACACUGGUACUCGACAUCAUCCGAUGGCAACAAUGACUGCUGCUCCGACUACCAGCCCGAGCAAACCACCUUGAAGCGCAAAGACGGCUCUACCACCGUCUAUCUCCCCGCCAGCGGAAUCACGGGCCAGGGAGUCAAAGUCCUCAAUAUCGCUGCUACUUCCCCCGAGGGGACCACGAAUAAUAAUAAUAAUGGCCGUCCUCUGCCCGUUGUCAUGCCCAGCAACGCCUCUGGAGGAGACUCAAUGACGAGUACAUCUUCUUCUUCCAUCACCACCACCUCCACAUCGGCCUCACAAGCGACAACAGAGAGUAUGCGGAAUCUUUCACUUCGAUCGAAAUCGGAAAUUCUUGACGGGACUGUUGCUGCACCUUCUUCUUCGACGACGAGCAAGGGUUCUCUGACUUUAUUUGAUAAUGAGGGAAAUACGGUGGGCUUGAUCAAUGCGGAGGAGAUUACUGCUUUUCGGACAGCGCUUGCGUCGACGAUGCUGUUCGAGAAGCGACAGUCUGUGCAUGAUGUGACCAUCUUUGGCGCCGGCAAACAAGCGUACUGGCAUGCACGUCUCGCUUUACUCCUCCGUGGCGAGGAGAUCCAUCACAUGAAUUUUGUAACUCACAACUUCGAAUCCGCCCACCACCUCCUCACCAAACUCUACAACCCGCAACCCUCAGACCCCACAUACAUCAACCCCAUCGGCACGCCUUACAACAGCAAAACCAAAAAAGAAAUCCUCACCCCUGCCCACACCGAAUACACCCGUCUCCUCAAACAAUACGUACGCGCCAGCAACAUCAUCUUCUGCUGCACGCCCAACCCAUCCCCCAACCCUCUCUUCCCAGCAACCUACCUCACGAACCCCGAAGGGCGCAAAAAAGGUCGCUACAUCGCCUGCGUCGGCUCCUACACGUCGCACAUGGUGGAAUUACAUCCUGAUGUCCUGCGGUAUGCCGUGGCUCCGCAUCAUGAACAUCGUCAUGUGCAUAAACGACAGAAAGAAGGUGGAGCGAUUUUGGUGGAUUCGGUCGAGGCGUGUUUGAAAUUUGCGGGGGAGGUGGUUAAGGCCGGGUUAUCUCCUGAUCAGGUGGUGGAGUUGGGGGAGAUUUUUAUGUUGAAGAGGGAGAGGGAAGGGAUUGUGAAGGAGGGGAAAGCGAAAGGGAAAGGGAAGAAGGGGGAGGGGGACGGGGAGGAGGAGGAUGAUGAUGGAUGUCAUUUACAGGAGAAUUCGGGUUUGAAAGAGUGGUUGACGAGGGGAAAUGUGAUUUAUAAGAGUGUGGGAUUGGGAUUGAUGGAUGUGGUAGUAGGGAAUGAAUUGUUGCGGAUUAGUCGGGAGAGAGGAGUAGGGAUGACUGUUGAGGAGUUUUGAAGAAAACGAAAAGGGAACGAAAGGAAGGAGAAGGUGUAC